AUGUGUUGUAACUACGGGAACUCCUGUGGCUAUGGCUGUGGAUGCGGCUAUGGCUGUAGCUGUGGGUCAGGUUAUGGCUGUGGCUAUGGCUCCCGUUGUGGCUAUGGCUAUGGCUCAGGCUGUGGCUGUGGCUAUGGCUUAGGCUGUGGCUGUGGCUAUGGCUCAGGCUGUGGCUGUGGCUAUGGCUGUGGCUAUGGCUCAGGCUAUGGCUGUGGCUAUGGCUCCCGUUAUGGCUGUGGCUAUGGCUCAGGAUGUGGCUACGGCUAUGGCUCAGGCUGUGGCUGUGGCUAUGGCUCAGGCUGUGGCUGUGGCUAUGGCUGUGGCUCUGGAUGGGGCUGUGGAAAAGGCUCUUGCUGUGGCUGUGGAUAUGGCUCUGGCUCUGGCUGCUGUAGCUACCGGCCACUUUGCUACCGAAGAUGUUAUUCUUCUUGCUGCUAG